GAGAAACCCUAUGAGUGUCCAGAUUGUGGAAAAGGUUUCAGUAAUAAUUCCAACCUGAUUAUACACCAGAAGAUUCACACAAGAGAGAAACCAUAUGAGUGUCCAGAUUGUGGGAAAGGUUUCACUGUUAAUUCCAAAUUUGUAAAACACCAGAGGACUCACACAGGGGAGAAACCAUAUGAGUGUCAGGAUUGUUGGAAAAGUUUCAUUUGGAAUUGCGACCUUGUGAAACAUCUGAGGACUCACACAGGAGAGAAACCCUAUGAGUGUCCAGAUUGUGGGAAAGGUUUCAGUGAUAAUUCCGGCCUUGUGAAACACCUGAGGACUCACACAGGAGAGAAACCCUAUGUGUGUCCAGAUUGUGGGAAAGGUUUCAGUCGUAAUUCCCACCUGAUUAUACAUCAGAAGACUCACACAGGGGAGAAACCAUACAUGUGUCUGGAUUGUGGGAAAAGUUUCAGUGUUAACUGCAACCUUGUGAGACACAAGAGGACUCACACAGGAGAGAAACCCUAUCAGUGUCCAGAUUGUGGAAAAACUUUCGUUCGGAAUGCUCACCUGAUAGUACAUCUGAGGACUCACACAGGAGAAAAACCUUAUGAGUGUCUGGAUUGUGGGAAAGGUUUCUGUCAUAAUUCCGACCUUGUGAAACACAAGAGGACUCACACAGGAGAGAAACCAUAUGAGUGUCCGGAUUGUGGGAAAGAUUUCAGUACUAAGUCUAGUCUUAUAACUCAUGUAAGUGUACAUACAAGGGAGAAACCUUACAAAUGCCCAGAGUGUGGACGGUGCUUCUCGCGAACCUCCUCCCUUAAUGCACACAAGAAAAUCCACAUGAGGCAGAAGGCGAUGAGUGACGAGAAGGCUUGAAUUUCUUUUCUGAUCUGCCUUUGCAAAAACAACUGAGAAAUUGACUAUUUAAUUUCUGACCUGAUUCAGUUUAGUCAAAUGUAUCUAAGUAUUUCUCAUGUGGGAGAAAAGAACUGGAAAUUGAAAAUGUUAGUUUGAUCUACUUGUGCCUGGCUAUUAGCAGAAUGUAGUGGAUGUUCUCUUGCAAACGUAGUGUAAUUGCUGCAAAAAUGUUUU